CUCGGGCUCGGGCUCGGCGGGCGGAAGCGGCGGCGGCGGCGGCAGGAGCGGCGGGAGCCGAGGCGGAGGCUCCGGACGCUGCCCCAGGACCCGGGACGCCGGAGAGCCGCGCCCUGAGCGCUCAGCCCGAGGCGUCAUGGCCGAGUACGGGACCCUCCUGCAGGACCUGACUAACAACAUCACCCUCGAAGACCUGGAGCAGCUCAAGUCGGCUUGCAAGGAGGACAUUCCCAGCGAGAAGAGCGAGGAGAUCACUACAGGCAGUGCCUGGUUCAGCUUCCUGGAGAGCCACAACAAGCUGGACAAAGACAACCUUUCCUACAUCGAGCACAUCUUUGAGAUCUCCCGCCGCCCCGACCUGCUCACCAUGGUGGUGGACUACAGAACCCGUGUUCUGAAGAUCUCGGAGGAGGAGGAGCUGGACACCAAGCUGACCCGCAUCCCCAGUGCCAAGAAGUACAAAGACAUUAUCCGGCAGCCCUCCGAGGAAGAGAUCAUCAAGCUGGCUCCGCCACCGAAGAAAGCCUGAGCGAGGGGGAGGAGAGGAGGAAGGUUGGACCUUCAGCGGACCACUCCCUUCCCCCAGCCUCCAGGGGAGGGGCAAGGGCCACCCCCCAGUCUACCCACUUACUAACCUGGUCCUAACCCCCUUACUGUGCGCGUGUGUGUGCGUGUGCGCACGCUCUGUCUGUCUCUAUGUCUAGCUCAUCUAGUUCCUCCUCCUCGUGAGGGGGUGGGGGUCGGGCUGGGGGGGGCUUCGUUUCCCCACUUUAGGGGGACGUGGGGGCUAUUUCUAUGCAAAUAGAAAUGGGCACAUUCCUCCUAC